CAACUUAUAGACUCUUUCUAACCAAACAUUUCAGAUAGCAAUUUUGUAUUCUGUUUCAAGUUUGGUCUAUAUAAUACAACAUAUCAUAGCUUCAAAGUAACUCCAUCCAUGCCAGUGAUCCGGAUAUCGUCAUGGACAUCCAGCAUGGUAAUUCUGGUGUUCAUAACUAUGGCUAAACAUGUCACAUCACAACCAGGUGAUGAGAACAACACUCUGCUUAGAAAGUAUUGUAGAUUAUACAAUUCACAGAAGCCAGAAUCUUACAUAAGGAGCCUCAAUACCGUACUUUCUAGCCUCCAGAGGCAGUUGUCCGAUCCACAGAUGUACUACGCCUUUGCGAGAACGAUGGAUAAUGGUGACUUGGUGUACGCGUUCGCUAUGUGUAGGGAAUAUCUCUCGACCUCCCGAUGUCUGGCUUGUUUUGAGUUGGCAGUUAACAAGACUAAAACAUGUGGACUUGCAGAUGGUGGUAGCAUAAUUUAUGAUGAUUGCAGUAUCAGGCACGAGAACUCUGGCGUAACUUUUGGUGAUUCUGAUGUGAUAUUGGAUGAUAAUGCCCGUCCAGAGGCAAUAUGUAGUAAUGUGUCAGCAUCUCAGCCAAUAACAAGCUUCAACCAGGUGGUACAAAAUCUGUUAUCUGAUAUUCGAGACGCCACUCCAAGAACAUCUAAUUUCUAUAUAGCAUCCACAAGGCAAGUCCCAACUGGCAAUACAACAGUGUAUGCAAUUGCGCAGUGUGUUAAAAAUGUAAGCCAAGCCAUUUGCCGAGGCUGCUUGAAUACAGCAUAUAACAACUUACAUGCUUGUCUUCCCAAUAAGGAUGGAAGGGCCAUUGACUUUUUUUGUUUUAUGAGGUAUUCUGAGACUCCGUUUUUCCAAAGCAACCAGACAACAAACAUCAUACAUUUCCAAAGUGGAGGAAGUUCAAGCAAUUCUGCAAUGAUAGUUGGAGUGAGUAGUGCUGCCGGUCUUGUUUUGCUUAUACUUGCUUUGUUGUUAUGGUAUCGAAAAAAGAAGAAACCCAAGACCAUUGAAGAAGCUGAAUCUGGGCUGCAGUCGGAUAAAAGUUACAGUUACCAACAAUUGCGAUUAGCAACUCAUGAUUUUGGAGAUGAGUUUAGGGUUGGGAAAGGAGGUUUUGGUGAAGUAUUCAAGGCAACUAUUGAUGAUGAGAAUGUAGUAGCAGUGAAGAGACUUCACGUUGGCUAUGCCAGAGCAAAAUUAGAAUUUGAAAAUGAAGUGAAGCUUAUAAGUAAUGUUCAACAUCGGAAUCUACUACGACAACUAGGUUGGUGCAUUGAAGGAUCUGAGUUGCUUCUUGUCCUAGAAUACAUGCCACAAGGCAGCCUUGACAACUUUUUAUGGGGUGAAAGAAAAGGCACUCUGAAUUGGGAGAAACGGUUUGACAUUAUCUUUGGGGUUGCUAGGGGCCUUGCCCAUCUUCAUAAUGAAUUCCAUGUUAAAAUAAUUCACAGAGAUAUAAAACUAAGUAAUAUUCUCGUGGACGAUGAUUUUCAACCCAAAAUUUGCGAUUUUGGGUUGGCGAGACUACAACCAGAGGAUCAAACCCAUGUUAGCACAAAUCUAGUUGGCACACUAGGAUACAUGGCGCCAGAAUAUGCAACAAUUGGACAUUUAUCAGAGAAGGUUGACACCUACAGCUUUGGUAUCAUGAUCCUUGAAAUCAUCAGCGGUCGAAGAUGUAAUGAUGAAAAUUUUAGUGGACCUGACACAUCUCACCUUCUUGAACACGCAUGGCAAUUGUAUGAGAGAGGCAUGCAAAUAGAGUUGAUUGAUCAAGAAUUAGGUAUAGAAGAACACCAUAAAGCCAAUGUGACGAAGACCAUUGAGAUUGCUCUAAUGUGCACUCAGUCGCCAGCUUCUUUGAGACCAACCAUGUCAGAAGUUGUUGUGAUGUUGUCAAGUGGGCUAUCUAUGGGACCAAGAAAACUAGUAAAGCCUAGUUUCAUUGAUUCUCGUAGAGUCAUCCACUUUAGUGCAAAUCAGUCAAAGUAUAAGUAAUACAUAUAAAUGUAUAAAAAUUAUAUUGAUCUCUUAUAUAGAUUAUGUAUCCAAUGUCAUUUAGCAAA